AUGGGUGUGUCUGUGUGGUUGAAACACAAUAUGAGUAGCAAGGCGAGUCCGUGCCGUGACUGAACGCAACAGGUACACCUUCGCACCGUGAACAGCCAGGACAAUAUGUCACAAACUAUUAAGAGGAUUUCAAUUUCCUACGAUGCCUUGAAUCCCAGCAACACGUUCACCAGCGGAGAUUUACUACACGGACGAGUUACCGUUGAAGUAGCAAAGGACACGAAAAUAGACAGUCUUCUCAUUAAAUUUAAAGGUAAAGCGUUCGUACGUUGGACCGAGCGUCACGGGAAAAGAACAGUCACCUACUGGGACAAGGAGAAGUACUUUACCUCGGAGCAAUACUUCAUAAGGGAACACAAAGGCAACGACGACGUUGCCCCAGGUCUGUUGAAAAAUGAAGCUGGACAGCCCUAUUGUGACGUUGUUGCCCCUGGGACUCAUGUGUACCCUUUCACAUUUCAGAUCCCCCAGCAGACUCUCCCAGCAUCCUUUAACGGUACAUGGGGAUAUGUUGGCUACUUCUUGGAGACCAAACUGAGCAGGUCAAUGCGAAUCUCAAGCAAAGACAAAGUGGAGAUACGCUAUAUUCCAAAGCCAGACAUGACAGAUCCAGCUCUUAUGACACCCCAGUAUGGUACAAAAGACAAGAAGAUGAAACUGUUUACCUCUGGAAGUGUGUCAUUCACUAUCCACACAGAGAGAAUGGGCUACUCUUUGGGAGAAGGAAUUAAGGUUGUGGCCGAUGUUCAGAACAACUCCUCUCGGGCCCUCAGACCCAAGUACUGCCUUUACUCUAAGCAUAGUUUCUUUGCACGGGGCAGAAGGAGGUUAAACACUCACGAGAUAUUGAAAGAGGAAGGAGAGCCCAUUGCACCAUCCACACAUCAGACCAUAACCAAAAUCCUCACCAUCCCACCAAGUCUCACCAUGUCCAUACUCAUCUGUAGGAUCCUGAAGGUUGAAUACAAACUCAAGGUCUACCUUGAUGUUCCAUAUGCUUCUGACCCCGAGAUCAAGUUUCCUGUUGUCAUUCUUCCGCUUGCACCAUCCAAGGGAGAGCUUGGUCCACCAGCUCCAUCUUUUGGGUUUGGGGAUUAUUGGAACCCUGGCCAAGCAGGGUGGAACAGCGCGCCGUACUCGGCUCCUUCUGAUGCGCCGUUCACGCCUCCGCCGUAUACGGCUCCUCCUGCUGCCCCGUUCUCGGCUCCGCCGUAUACGGCUCCUUCUGAUGCGCCGUUCACGGCUCCUCCUGCUGCCCCGUUCUCGGCUCCGCCGUAUACGGCUCCUCCUGCUGCGCCGUAUACGGCUCCCUCUGCUCCCUCUGCUGCUCCUCCUCCAGCCUAUGAGUCCUAUGCACUGUAUCCUCCAUUACCUAAUUAUUCUGAAAAACCUUGAGUGACCAACUAGUGAUGAAUAAUAUUUAUCAGUAGAUGAUCAAAGAGGAAAGAAGAAAAAGAAGACGAUGCAAAUAAUGUAUAUAUAUAAUGUACUGUGUAUGUGUAUAUAUAUAUAUUUUUAUACCUGGGUUCUUAUGAGGAUCUUAUCGGGGGCACAGAGAAAAGUGGUGCCAAUGUCAUUUGAAUUUGUCAGUAAAAAUAAGCAAUAGCAAAAUAAGAUGGCUUAGAUUUAUUCAGCAUUGAGAUUGUUGUUUUUACAUUCAAAGUAAACUGUUUCACAAACCAUACCAACUUCAUUUAAAUGUAUUCAAUAUUCUGUACAUGGUUAGUAUGCUGACUUUCAGCCACAAUAAUUCCCCACAAAACAAUGCUUUUACCCUUCGAGUGAGAAGUGUUUAUUUUGUAAUUACUUUGUAAAGGGUGCCACCUACUGGCUAACUUGAACUCCUGAAAUCCGGCUCCAUAAAUUACCAAAGUUCCACAUAACUGUGCUGUUUGGUGAGAUGUUGCAGGUCACAGCAUGCUCAGUGGGCCCCAGAGUAAAACCGAUAUCCACUCUGUAUGGAGACCCAACAGGUCAAACUUCAGUUACAAGUGGUCUGAGAAACAAAAAGCCUGAAAGAAGAAGCAUGACUCGACAUUUUUGAUAUUAGCUGCAAACAUACACUCGGGCCAAAGCAGACAAAAGCCUAUGAACCUUACAUAAUUUUAUAACACAGCAAUGUGUAUUGAUAUUCAUGAUGUAACAUUUUUGGUAGCACAUCCUUUAUAAACAAUUAUAAGUACAAAUUAACUAAUGCCAACUGCCAUUGCUUAUUGUCAGCUUUUGCAUGAAAUUACCCAUGAAAUUACUAUAUCAAAAAAAGUACAUUCCAAAGGUAAAUAUAAGGUCGGGCUAUUUUAUGUUGUGUUAUAUAACAUGUUAUUACAAUUGCCUUAUUUUUACUUUGUCACAAUGGUGACUGGCAAACACUGCCCUGAUUUAGAGUAAAGUCACAAAAGAUUGCACAUUUCAGUAGUCCAUUAUGUGUGAUUACCACUGGCACUCAUGCCCCUGGCUAAACUGCAGCCGUGGGUAUAUACUUUACCAAAUCCACUCUCACUCAGGCUAUUUUGCUAACCAGUGGUGGACGAAGUACACAAAUCCUGUACUUGAGUGAAAGUAGAGAUACACAUGGUCAAAUGUUACUCCAGUAAAAGUCCUCCUUUUACAUUUCCACUUGAGUGGAAGUACAAAAGUACUUGCCUUCAAAUGUACUUAAGUAUCGAAAGUAAAAGUCCUGAAAUGUAUUAUGACUAAUACAGUUGCAUUUACUAUUGUUGAAAUGAUUCGGCACAGACAUAGGCAUUCAUUGAGCCUUUCUCCUCCAUUCAAUGACAAAAUCAGCUUAUAAUUGUUGUAUGUAGAAAGAACUAAAAACAAACUAAUGUGAUAGUGUUUCCCAUACAUUGACUAAUUUGUGGCGGCCCACCACAAUAUCAAAAUUGACCACCACACUGAUUUUCCAGGAUGUACUAAAUUCUGCUUAUAUCUGGUUAGCAUCAUAACCAUGCUGCGCUAAUUUGUUAAAAACUGUUGCAUUCAAGUUAAUUCUGCAAACCUACCAUCACAAAUAGAAUUCAAUAAUGUGGGAAACACUGUCUUAUCUUAGAUACUUCAAAGUAACCACAUUUUUCUUUGUUGAAUGCUUUACACUUUCGGACCAAAUCAAGAUGUUCCCUUUUGUGUUUGAUAGUGUCAGAUUGUCUAUCAUUUGUUCGAUGGCGUCAAGAGGCUAGUUAUGGUAACAUCAAUAUUGUGAAAAGGGGUCAACAAGGUACAGUAAAUAGUGGAUAUGACAAUAACAUAGGGUAGGCAACACCAUUAAGUAAAGCCUAGCUCACUUAAUUGAAAAUAUACAUGUAAGUACACAUGUAUUUGGACAGUCUUUUUUCCAAAAGGAACUUCAGCUGUCACAAAAUGUAGUGGAGUAAAAAGUAAGAUAUUUGGCCUCGAAAUGUACUGGAGUAAAAGUAAAAAGUUUAACAAAAUUGAAAUACUCAAGUAAAGUACAGAUACAUGAAAAAGCGACUUCAGUACAGUAAUUGAGUAAAUGUACUCAAGUAAUGUCCACCACUGUUGCUAACAUGUUGUAUAAUGAUACAAUGUUUCGCAGUAGUAUUGACAAAGUUAGUUAUAGAAACACAGUCCGAAAUUAUUACCAAAUUGCUCUGUUUUAUAAGAGUUAAGAUAUUUAAAGUAUUUAAAGCAAGAUAAUGUAAGAGAUGAUUGUCUGAAAUGUCAAACUAAUUAUGAUAAUUCCAGCAUGUGUAUUGAAAUAAAACUGACAGUUUUCCCCA